UUGCUCUUUCCCAAGAACCCUAAUUCAGGGUUUUGGGGCGAUGGAGGCUUUGUUUCGGGAGGCGCUGCUGGCGCUCCCUCCAGCGCCACUGCGGGAUCUCUUGCGCGCUGGGGCGUGCUCCUUGUGCGCGAUGAGGUUCCUGAGCGUGCGCGGCCGUGUGUAUUCGCAAUCGGUGCCCGCUCCCCCCACUAUUCUCGCAGAGAUUGGAAAUGGCGAUGGAUUGGAGAGCGAUCGAUCGAGUGCUUCGUGUUGUACUGUUUGCCAGGGGAUCUUGCAAAGCGCUGGCGUUGGAUUGGCUGUUCUUGAGGCGAUCCAAAAGGAAGGGCACGAGUUUUGCGAUUUUUCUUUGGAGGUCACUGUGCCUUCAGCAACUUUAGUACGUGAGCGUUCUCUUUGGUGCUACUUGAGAAAAGAACAUCCAGAAGACUUCAAGGCUGAAGAUCCAAACGAAUGUAUAGUUUCACUCAAGGAAGCUGUCAAGUGGACUUUUGGCCCACAAAUCGAAGCUGCAUUGGGAAAGGUCAUGGAUAAAAACUCGAACUUCCACAUCUCUCUAGUGUUUAAGCAUGCGAACUCAAGCUCGGAGAUUCAGUUUCUUUCUGAUCUGUCCGGUGGCGAUUCUAAACGAAAGCGGGGUCCUGUAGAAGCCGGGGAGUCUAUUGCAGCCGUCCAGCGCUCGCUAGCGUCUAUAUCAUCCGACGCUUUUGCUCGGCAUUAUCCCUGCCCUCCUCCACAAUCAGAUACGCCAUGCGAGCUGGUUUCGAGCUGCCGGAAGGACGCUAUUUUUGUUGUUGGGAGAUAUCUAAAGUAUUCGCGGAGCAUCAGCCAGAGCCCUUGGACAAUUCAGGAAGACAGGAUAGGGGACGGUUCUGUACAGGAGAUUAUAGGCGAUGUGAUCUUCCCUCACUUUAAGGCCGAUAGCUACAAAUUCCAUGCGGCCGGAAGGGAGGACAUCGACGUCCGAAUGCUCGGCAGUGGGCGACCAUUUCUUUUGGAAAUUCUGAAUGCACGCACAUGUUCAAAGCAGGAGGAACUUCUCAAGCUUGAGCAUGCCAUAAAUUCCAACAAAGAUGGAUGGGUGAAAGUAAAAGGUCUUAAAGAAGCUGGCAAUGAAGUUUGGACGGUCAUGCGACAAGGUGAGGCGGACAAGCAGAAAGAAUACACGGCAGUGGUGUGGUUGUCUCGGCCUGUCACAGAGGCUGACUUUACAACCCUUUCCAACUCGAAAGAGCUGGAGAUUCAGCAAAAAACACCGGUACGAGUUCUGCACAGACGCAGCCCGCUUGUUCGUCCGCGAAUCAUUCACUGGAUGCGGUGUGAAGCACUACACGAUAGCUCAUGCUAUUUCCUUCUACAUCUUUGUACUCAGGCUGGAACAUACGUUAAGGAGUUUGUUCACGGAGAUCUAGGACGAACGUAUCCGAAUGUUGGAUCGCUUCUAGAUUGCGAUGCCGAAAUUCUGUGCUUGGACGUGACAAAUGUGAAAAUGGAUUUCUUGUGAUGAACAACGGUAGGACGGCAUCCAAAUCUGUGAAGAACAUAUUCACCCCUUUUGGAAGCUUUUCUUUGCAGGCAUUCCUGGAAAUCCUGUAAGCUAGCACAUGAACUCAAAAGGAACACCAUAAAUUCUAGGGGGCUGGCCUCCAAGUUGCUCUGGUUCAUUCUCCUUCCAAGUUGCAAAAGCACUAAAAGUUAUGACGAUAUGUAACGAUUCUAAGGAAGUGAUAGCGAGCGUUUGUUAGAAAAUAUCAACAUGCCACAUAAGCUUCUAGAGAGAGAGAGAGAGAGAGAGAGAGAUUAAAAUCAUACUAUGUUAACUUGCAGAGAGAUUUAAAUUAUACUAUGCUAAUUUGCAACCAA